GGGUCAGUAGACAUUUCUCGGCGAGUGAACCUAGUGCUUAACUACUUCACCUUGCAGUCGGUCGCAACUUGAUUCGAGCCUAAGUACGCGUGCGUCUCUAGUAAGACUGUGAAGUUCAUCGAGGUUGUCUUCCUCAUUGUAGUUGGUUGCAGGAUCAAGGACAUGAUUUCGUCUCCUUGUCGACGGAUACUUGGCUUGUGGUUGCUACCGCUGAGUUUAGCGCUAGAGUCAACCCCUCUUACGCCGCCGCAGGGGCAGGGGGGCAUUCCCCCAUUUCAGGGGCAGGGGGGCACACCCCCGCUGCAAGGUCCCACCUCCAAUCCCGAGGGAUACUACGCUUUCGUCCAAUCCUCCAAAAUCGAACCUCCGACGGUCAGGCCUCCACCUUAUUUCCGCUCCAACAGGCUAUGUCCAGGUGUGGGUAGAUCACAAGUUAAAACUUUGAACAACUUAUGUGGCGACUUGAAUAAAGGAUACAUUCCGAUGAACCCGAUGCGGCAGAAUGUCUAUGACGCUCCUUAUCCAUUUGAUGUUUUGAAGAACAAAACUUUGGAAUUCUUGAGCAGAGCGCUUCCCAUUUUGCAAGCUGAUGAAACUCUACCAAAAGUUGCUAAAUAUCAGCAACAGGUAUAUUAUGAAGAUGGGCUACCUGAGAGUAUACCAGAUCAACCUGCAUUCACGUCACCCAGUAACUCGUAUGCUGUGAAUGAGCCGUAUGAGCCCCGGGCAACCAGAGGUAGUGACUUUCAAGAUGGAAUCAAUCUGUUGCGAAGUCUUCUCACUGGACAAAUCGACGAAACACAUCGACAAGCAAGGAAAUUCUGCGAGAAUGGGGGUGGUGUGCUUUGCAUGCUGUACAAGAUGAUGCAGAGUGGACCUGGGAGCCUGAUGACGGCUGAGCGACGUGAUGAUGACGUGGCCAUCCACCACCGCGGCGAGGGACCAAACAGCCUCUCAUCAGAGGGCAGCCUCCCGGUGGCCGGACCCCCCACCCCCUGCCCUGCCAAGGUGGAGUACGCGACGCCUGUGUUCGCCCGCAACUACCAGGGCAUUUGGCGCUACGUCGUGCAGAUCCCCUACGAGGGAUACUUCACGCAGACUGUCGAAGUCACUAGAUGCUUACAAAGCAAGUGCUUCUACAUGGAAGGCGGCUGCCUGUCGUCCCCACGCUGGAUCAGCCUACUAGUGGCUGAGAUCUUCUACCCAGACGCAGUGCUCCCCACCGCAGGGGGUCGCCGGCCCCCUCAACGGACCCCCGUCGCGGGCGAGGAGCCCCCCAACCUGAAAGACCUGCACAGCUAUGGCUAUCAGCCGCACAUCCACAAGAGGUCGGCGCCCCUUUCAAAAGAGCCGCACCAGUCGCACAUUGAUAAGAGGUCGGCGCCCCUCUCAGAGCUGCCACCCCAGAUACGCGCUCUGCCACAGGCACCUCCUCAGGCUGCACCGCCACCGUCACCUUCACCCUCCUCUACUAACUCCUCUAAGCCUUCGCACUGCGACGGAAUUGAUGAAAUUGGUUGCUUUCAGGUCAGACUGUACUACGAUUGGUUUUUAGUUCCUGGAAGCUGCAAAUGCUGGAGACCAGAUUACUUUUCCAGAUUCACAAGAAAGAAACCCGCACCGGUAUACGCUAAUGAGUUGUAGGAAAUCUUAAAUACGUUUCAACUGAUAAGUCGAAUAAUGUGGAAUAUAUCUCCUCAGGAUUGAACAAGGCUCUCCGAAAACCGUAGAUGUUCUAUGUGUUCAUAAUUAUUAUUCCUAUCGAAUGUAGAAGUCGAACCCAAGAAAAUGAACACAUGAGUUAAUCAUAGUUCACAAAUCUUAUUUUCUUGACUCAUUGAAUGUAAUGUUAUAUGAAUAUAAUGUAGGGCCGUGCUUUUUAUGGAAGAAAAUUCUUUCAACAUGAUUUUGAGUCAAUUUUUUUGUUAUAGGCUAAUAAGUAAAGUUAACUUUAGUGUAUAAAGAGAAAUAAAACUCCACAUUUUUGAAGCGAUAUGGAGAGUGCUAUUCAAAGAUGGGAGAUAUUUCUUUAUAAUUUGAUAAAGAGUCAAUACCAGCUUAGAGAAAAGAUAGCAUUAUGCUAUUUCUUGUCUAUUAUAUAUUAACAUCAUAUUAUAAGCUGAACACAGUCUCUAUAAAAGGAUACUGAAUUUUGUUCAUAAAAGGCAAAUUUUAACGAUUUUUAGCCUACUCAAACAUAAUAAUAUUAGAGCUCUUCUGGCACUAGUUUAGACCUAGACUUAUUCCAUUUAGAUAACAAAAAGCUUGAAAAUUAUUCAACUCAGGUCUAAUAGGAACUAAACUCUUCAGAAAUCAUGAAAUUAUACAUUAUAAUUCAUGUAGAAAUCUAUAGAUAGGCUACAUAGACUAUUCCUGCUAAUUUCACGAAUCACGAUAAUAGAGCCCUUACUCUAUUACAGUAUCAUCGAUGACUUUCAUCAAUGUAAUAGAGAUCUCUCCAGCUGAUGAUUCUUUUCAAUUGGGUUGAAGAAUGAUAUUUUCUCCAAGUGAUUUCUUCAAUUUUUCAAACAAUAUCUCACAUUAAUUUGAUUUAUCUUCUUUGAGAUUAACUUCUCAAGAAGUAUAUUAGUUUUGAGCUUAGAAAUUAUAUAGAAAAGUAAAAAUGUCAUGUAAUUGAUGAUUUUUUGUUUAUAGUAUAGAAAAUGUAAAUAACAAUGUAUAUAAGUGAGA